AUGCCGCCUCCCGCCUGGCCCCCGACGGCGGUGAGCCCAGUGUAUUUCUACUACCACCUCGCCAGUCGACCACGCUAUGGGGAGACCCCCGCCGAGGAGACUUGCAAGGAGGCUUGCAAGGAGGCUUGCAAGGGUGCGGUGGUGAGGAGGACACGAGAUCACGCGGGACAGGUUAUACACGGGACGUGGCAUCUCGUGUCGGACGGAGCAAUAUCUGAUAGAUAA